AUGAAUGCCUGGCCCCUUGACGCCUCGAGCCUCCCAAACCAUGAAAAUGGCGCUUUUCAUCAGACGACCAUUGACCCCUCUGCCGCCUUUCUCCACGCAUCUCCUACUCCCGAUCCGAAUCAGUUCCAGCGCAUGUUCAAUGGUGUACCAAGAAAUGCGUCUCCUGGAUUCGCCAACCCUAACCAGGUGAUCCCAUCCAAACGUCCGCGACCAGAAGAUGGGAUCUCCAUGUCGCCCAGGCAAGCUCCUGGGGGACUUUCUUCCCGCUCACAGACACCUCAAGUCCCGUAUCCUGGUUUCCAAGGCACUGUCAAUGGAGCGCCUCAAUUUUCCCAUCCGGGACAAUUCCAACAUCUUCAACAAGGCGCAUCUGCAAACGUCUCGCAAUCUCCGAUUAUGCAAGACUUCGACCAACAUGGUGCGCAGAGAAUGGGAACGGCGUCUCCAAGUCCUUUUUCCCCAGCCGGACCUCAUGUCGGAAACCAGAUGUCUCCUGCGCAAACCGACCACCCAAGCCGGGUAAACACGCCUCAGAAUAAUUCAUUUAUGCCAGCACAGCAUUUUCCUCAGGGAAUGGGAGCUGGAUUUUCGCCUACCCCCGCCAUGACAUCAGCAUCUGUACAGGCGCCGAUGCAGGCGCAAUUUGGCGGUAUGCCGCCAGGAUAUCAACAGGCGCUUGCCGCCCAACAGCAACAACAGCGAUUACAUGCCAUGCAGAUGCAGGGUCAAAACCGCGCAGUGAACCCUGCAAUGGCUGGUCGUCCAAUGAUGGCAGGCAUGAACGCUCCAAACCCUCAGCAAAUGGCGGCCAUUAGGCAGAUGCAACAGACAAUGGCCAAACCACCUAACCCCGAAAGUUUCAUACGAUCUUUGUCGAAAUUCAUGAUGUCAAGAAAUUUGCCCCUGGACCCUAAUCCGAUUGUUUCUGGCCGCCCGAUCAACCUUGUACAGCUAUAUGCCGCGGUCAUGAAACUUGGGGGCUCAAAGAAGGUCGCCGCUGCAAACAUGUGGCCUGUAAUAGCUCAACAGCUCCAUUUCCCGCCUGUACAGUUUCCCAUGGCUGUCCAAGAGAUUCGAGAUCUCUAUCAGCGGACUCUCGCCGCCUACGAACAAGCUUUUCUCAGCACUCAGCCGAAACAGUUUGCGGAACAAGUCCAACAGCCUUCAAUACCUCGGCAGCCUAGUGAUCCAUCUGGCAUGCAAUUUCAGUCUCCCGCCAUAAAGCAGACCUCAGGGUUUGACGGCCCUCAGCAGCUAGGGCAUCCCUCUCCUGCUAGCACGUCCACGCCAAACAAUGCUCAUCAUGGGGCUGCCAAUGGCUUCGCGACCCCAACGCCAGUCAAGAUGCAAAACAAACAACAGGGCCAACAUCGUCUUAGCGUCUCACGUCUAUCGCAACCGCCUACCACUCCCCAUGACCUUAACGGGCAAUUAUCUACCCAGUCGCCCGCUCCGUCCGAGAAAGGACCGGGAUCUGUCGUCGGAAAGCCUACUGAAGAAGUUGACCAAUCAUACAACCAACCUCUUGGGCAACCAAUACAAGACACCUUCAAGCCAAUGGUCAUCUCGGAUUAUAAGUUCCAUGGACCGAUCGCUGUCGGGGAGAUGUCCCUGCUUGGAGAAGAGAUCGCUAGGCUAAAACCAACUGUACCUUCAUUUGCUGAGCUUGGAAUAAUUGAUAUCCAUGCUUUGACAAUGGGUAUCAAAUCCGGCAUUCAUGCCGAGAUGCGAGUGGCACUGGAUGCGCUUGUCUCCCUUUCAGCCGAACCCGCAGUGCAAAUAUCAUUGGAUAACUGUGAUGAUUUAGUUGAUAGCUUGAUAGAGUGCGCAGAAGACCAAACCGAGCUUCUUGCAGAGCAUGCGCCAGAAGUCUCUGAUAUGAUGUUACUGCCAUCUUACGAAGAGAUCAAGCGCGGAUGUCAGUCCGAGUGGACUUCUCUGGCCCCGGUUGCUGAGUUUGGCAGUACGGAAUACGAACUCGACAGAGCUGUCGAUAGGCUCAUCUGUAUCACCACCAUUUUGCGCAACUUCUCGUUUUUCGAUCAGAAUUUCGCCAUAUUAUCGACGCCUCCUGUUGUUGAAUUCUUUUCAACAAUCAUCCGUUAUCUCGGCACUAGGAAUAUGCUUCUUCGCACACAUCAGAACACGCUGGAUUUCAUGAAAGAUACUCUCAUUUACCUGAGUAAUGUGGGCGGUGCAAUCCAUUUACCAAGUAAAGAGGAAGCCCUUUGUCUUUUACAUUUCCUUCUGUCCUUCGCUCCCUUCCCGGGACCCGCCACAUCACCGGAUGGUGUCAUGUUCACUGCUUAUAACCCGGCCGUGCAUAAAUAUACGCCAGCUGCUGUUGAUAGUCUGGCGAAAUUGUUGGCGCGAGAUGAACCAAAUCGGACGUUCUUCCGAACAAUAUUCACCAGCGACGGAGGUUCUACUGCUCAACAAGAGCUCCUAACCCGCGCAUUUGGUCUUGCAAUUUGCCCCGUUCCCAACCAGCCUAGGAAGCCUUUCGCAACCGCAGAUAUUCGCAAAGUAUUCCUAAUGCAGGGCCUCCUGGCUGCAGAUAUCCUGGCAGGGUUUGCUGAGGGGACUACCGCCAAAUCUUGGCUGGAAUCCGUGGAUGGUUUCGCCGUACAUCUCCUCCGCCUUUCAUGUCUCCUAAGCACAGAGCGUGUCCCCCCACCCCUCCACAACGUUCGCCAGACACAUGCCGUGAGGGCACAGGCUGAAGAAGCCGAAGUUUACGGGUCAAUCAUCAACCGAGGCUUGGCGAUUCUUCGGCGCUUAGCAGAGAAAUCAAAAUAUGCCGAUACAGACUCAACCUUGCGGUUUCCGUCCGGGAUCCUUCCAAAGAAGGAAAGCUUACUCGGCGCACUGCUGAUGCCGAAUGUCGACCCGGGUGUCGUCCGGCAGUUGAUAACGUAUGCACGGCUCGCCGAAUGA